AUGGAUAAAAGAUCAUAAAGCUAGGUAUAGUUUAAGACAAAUUAUAAUGAACCUUCAAGGACUAGCAUCAAUUUGAAGGAGAAGCAACUUCUCGAAAAAAGUGGAUCUGUCGCUUAAAAUCUAAAUAGAAAUGUUCCAAAUGAUUUAUACGCCAGUGUGAGCUAAAAAGAUAAAGAAUCAUAAAAGAAUGCUUCCCACUAUGAUAAUAAUUUCUAAAAAAGCCAAUAGGAUUCAGGCAAAAAUGUUUCUGCAGAAGAAUUAUAGGAAAUGUAUUCUACUAGAAAGGAGGCUCUCUAAAAGCAUAUGGAUAAAUUAUUUGUUUCAAAUGAUACCUAUUUUAAAUUGAUGAAAGGUGGACUUGUUUGCGGUUAUUGUCAUCGUCCUAAAGAUCUUAACUUGGAUUACAAAAAAGGAGCUGAAUCUAUUUACUAAAAAGAUUUUAAGCCACACGCUUGCUGCAAAGGUGUGCCAAGAGUCCGCUCUGAUUUUUUCGGAGGAUUCUACACUUAGUAACCCAUGGAACUUACAACUGUUCAUAGAACUGAUUAUAUUCCUCACCCUUUAGAAAAAAAUAAAUCAGAGAAGAAGCCAGACUCAUCCUAAUUUCUUCCAUUUGCAGGAGUUUCAAGUUACAAUGACUAAUAUGCAAAUUGGGGUUCAAAUCCAGUCAGCUUAAUUAAACCUCCUUAUCAUCCUACAGUUAUUAAAGAAUUACCUUUUGUAGGAAAAACUAUGUACAAAGAUUAUUACUAAGGAAAACCUGCUGAAAAAGAUGCCGAAAGAGAUAAAAUCAUUUAAACUCAUAGAAGAGGAUAGUUUAAAUCACCUAUAAAUCCUGAUUUCCCAUUCUUGUCUUCUACCUCGUAUGGCUCUACAUAUAUUCCAUAAAACACUUCCACUAAUAACUUUAAAGUUCCAUAAAAAGCAUCUGCACCUCUUCCUCCUUUCGACGGUUAAUAUGUCACUAAUUAUAAGAAAGAUUAUGAUGACAAGUCUCACCAUCCUAGUCAAAAGUGUGAUGAUAAAAAUUGUAUUAUAUGUGGCAGAAGAUUACUUAAAAAGUAAGUAUCGUGA